GAAAGGGGAAAGAGGUAUAAGGGGGCUGGCAAAGAUUGAGAUGGGUGGGGGGAAUUUGUAGGAGGUGGUAAAUGACAUCACAGCAGCCCAAGUGAAUAAGGUGGGGAGAGAGAGGAGGCAGCAGGAACAGAGUGGACUGGGUCUGAGAGUUUGGCAAUUAAGAGUCAUCACUGCAGUCUGCUCCUGCAGGGCACCCUGGCAGCCCCCGAGGGACCAUGCAGAGAUCACCCCUGGAAAAGGCAAAUGUCCUGUCGAAACUUUUCUUCAGGGAAUGGGACAGAGAACUGGCAUCAAAGAAAAAACCUAAACUCAUUAAUGCCCUUCGGCGAUGUUUUUUCUGGAGAUUUGUGUUUCAUGGAAUCAUAUUAUACUUAGGGGAAGUAACCAAAGCAGUGCAGCCUCUCUUAUUGGGACGAAUCAUAGCCUCCUAUGAUCCUGACAACAAAGUAGAACGAUCCAUUGCAAUUUAUCUAGGCAUAGGUUUAUGCCUUCUCUUUAUAGUGAGGACACUGCUUCUACACCCUGCCAUCUUUGGCCUUCAUCACAUAGGAAUGCAGAUGAGAAUAGCCCUGUUUAGUUUGAUUUACAAAAAGACCUUAAAACUGUCAAGCCGUGUUCUAGAUAAAAUAAGCACCGGACAGCUUAUCAGUCUUCUUUCCAACAAUCUGAACAAGUUUGAUGAGGGGCUGGCGCUGGCACAUUUUGUCUGGAUCGUACCUUUGCAAGUGGUGCUCCUGAUGGGACUUCUUUGGGAACUGCUACAAGCCUCAGCGUUUUGCGGACUUGCUUUCCUAAUAGUACUUGCUCUGUUCCAAGCCUGGUUAGGACAGAUGACGAUGAAGUACAGAGAAAGGAGAGCAGGAAAGAUAAAUGAAAGACUUGUGAUAACUUCAGAAAUGAUUGACAAUAUACAGUCUGUUAAGGCAUACUGUUGGGAAGAAGCAAUGGAAAAGAUGAUUGAAAAUCUAAGACAAACUGAACUGAAACUGACCCGAAAAACCGCAUAUGUGAGAUACUUCAAUAGCUCAGCCUUCUUCUUCUCAGGUUUCUUUGUUGUAUUUUUAGCUGUGCUUCCUUAUGCCUUGAUCAAAGGAAUUGUUCUACGAAAAAUAUUUACAACCAUCUCAUUCUGCAUCGUUCUUCGAAUGGCAGUCACUCGGCAGUUUCCCUGGGCUGUGCAAACCUGGUAUGAUUCUCUGGGAGCAAUAAACAAAAUACAGGAUUUCUUACAAAAAGAAGAAUAUAAAACAUUGGAAUACAACUUAACAACUACAGAUGUUGUGAUGGAAAACAUAACAGCAUUCUGGGAUGAGGGAUUUGGGGAAUUGUUUGUAAAGGCAAAACAGAACAAUAGUGAUGGGAAAAUUUCCAAUGGUGACAAUGGCCUCUUCUUCAGCAACUUUGCACUUCUUGGUACUCCUGUCCUUAAAAAUAUAAAUUUCAAGAUAGAAAAAGGACAGUUAUUGGCUGUUGCUGGAUCUACUGGGGCAGGCAAGACUUCACUUUUAAUGUUGAUCAUGGGAGAAUUGCAACCUUCAGAGGGCAAAAUUAAGCACAGUGGAAGGAUUUCCUUUUGCUCACAGUUCUCCUGGAUUAUGCCUGGUACUAUUAAAGAAAACAUUAUCUUUGGUGUUUCUUAUGAUGAAUACCGAUAUAGAAGUGUCAUCAAAGCCUGCCAACUAGAAGAGGAAAUAUCAAAGUUUGCAGAAAAAGACAACACAGUUCUUGGAGAAGGUGGAAUCACUCUGAGUGGAGGUCAACGAGCAAGAAUUUCUUUAGCAAGAGCAAUAUACAAAGAUGCAGAUUUGUACCUUUUAGAUUCUCCAUUUGGCUAUUUAGAUGUGUUAACAGAAAAGGAGAUAUUUGAAAGCUGUGUCUGCGAGCUGAUGGCGAACAAAACCAGGAUAUUGAUCACCUCUAAAAUGGAGCAUUUAAAGAAAGCUGACAAGAUAUUAAUUUUACAUGAAGGCAGUUGCUAUUUUUAUGGGGCCUUUUCUGAACUUCAAAGUCUGAGACCUGACUUUAGCUCAAAACUCAUGGGAUUUGAUUCUUUUGACCAGUUCAGUGCAGAAAGAAGAAACUCAAUCCUAACAGAAACCCUGAGACGUUUCUCAAUAGAAAGUGAUACUGCUGUUUCCUGGAAUGAAGGAAAAAAGCAAGCUUUUAAACAAACUGGAGACUUUGGGGAAAGAAGAAAGAAUUCUAUUCUCAGCCCACUGAACUCCACUAGGAAAUUUUCAGUAGUGCAACAGCAAAUUGAAGAAAAUGAUGAUGAGCCAUUAGAAAGGAGGUUGUCUUUGGUGCCUGAUUCAGAGCAGGGAGAGGCCAUUCUGCCUAGGAGUAACAUGAUAAACACUGGUCCAACAUUCCAAGGACGAAACAGGAGACAGUCAGUAUUGAACCUGAUGACCCGCCCCUCAGUUCACCAAGGUCAGAACAUGCACAAAACGGGAAAUGCUGCUGUCAGGAAGAUGUCCAUGGUCCCUCAGUCUAAGUUAUCUGAAAUAGAUAUCUACUCCCGACGUUUAUCCCGAGAUAGUGGCAUGGACAUAAGUGAUGAAAUUAAUGAAGAAGAUUUAAAGGAGUGGUUUUUUGAUGAUGUAGAAAACAUCCCAUCUGUUACCACAUGGAACACCUACCUCAGAUAUAUUACUGUUCAUAAGAGAUUAGUUUUUGUGCUAAUUUGGUGCCUCGUUGUUUUUCUGGUUGAGGUGGGCGCUUCUUUGGUUGGGUUUUGGAUCCUUAAGGAGACCUCUCUUAAAGAUAAAACAAAUUCAAGUGGGACCAAUAGCACCUAUGCAGUCAUUAUCACCGACACCAGCAGAUACUAUUUGUUUUAUAUUUAUGUGGGAGUAGCUGACACAUUUUUUGCCCUGGGAAUGCUCAGGGGCUUACCUCUGGUGCAUAUGCUAAUAUCAGUCUCCAAAAUUCUGCAUCACAAAAUGUUAUGCUCCGUUUUGAAAGCGCCUAUGUCAACCUUCAGCAAUUUGAAAGCAGGUGGAAUUCUGAACCGUUUCUCCAAAGACAUAGCAAUUCUAGAUGACCUUCUGCCACUUACAAUAUUUGACUUCAUCCAGUUAAUACUGAUUGUGGUUGGAGCUCUCACUGUAGUGUCAGCCUUACAACCAUAUAUCUUCCUGGCAACUGUGCCUGUGAUAAUAACCUUUAUUAUGCUAAGGGCAUAUUUCCUCCAGACCUCUCAGCAGCUAAAACAACUGGAAUCUGAAGCCAGGACUCCAAUUUUUGCUCAUCUUGUUACAAGCUUAAAGGGCCUGUGGACUCUACGAGCUUUUGGACGCCAACCGUACUUUGAGACCUUGUUCCACAAAGCUCUGAAUUUACACACAGCAAACUGGUUCCUAUACAUGUCUACACUCCGUUGGUUCCAAAUGAGAAUAGAAAUUGUUUUUGUCAUCUUCUUCUGUGUUGUGACCUUCAUCUCCAUUUUAACUACAGGUGAGGGAGAAGGACGAGUUGGAAUUCUUCUAACUUUAGCCAUGAAUAUCAUGAGUACCUUGCAGUGGGCUGUAAACUGCAGCAUAGAUAUGGACAGUUUGAUGCGGUCUGUGAGCAGAGUAUUUAAAUUCAUUGAUAUGCCAAGUGAAGAAUCCCUGCCUACCAAACCAACUAAAUCGAAGAAAAAUCAGCUUUCACAAGUUCUGAUCAUCGAGAAUGAGCAUGUAAAGAAAGAGAACAACUGGCCCUCUGGAGGUCAGAUGACUGUCAAAGACCUCACAGCCAAAUAUGGAGAUGGUGGGAAUGCCGUAUUAGAGAACAUUUCCUUCUCAAUAAGUUCUGGGCAAAGGGUGGGCCUCUUGGGAAGAACUGGUUCUGGAAAAAGCACCUUGUUAGCAGCUUUUUUAAGAUUACUGAACACAAAAGGAGACAUACAGAUUGAUGGUGUAUCUUGGGAUUCAGUACCCUUGCAGCAGUGGAGAAAGGCAUUUGGUGUAAUACCGCAGAAAGUAUUUAUAUUUUCUGGAACAUUUAGAAAAAACCUGGAUCCUUAUGGACAGUGGAGUGAUCAUGAAUUAUGGAAAGUUGCAGAUGAGGUGGGACUAAAGUCUGUGAUAGAGCAGUUUCCUGGCAAGCUGGAUUUUGUCCUUGUUGAUGCCGGUUGUGUUCUAAGCCAUGGCCACAAACAGCUGAUAUGUUUGGCUCGGUCUGUUCUUAGUAAGGCAAAAAUUUUGCUGCUGGAUGAACCAAGUGCUCAUCUGGAUCCUAUGACGUAUCAAGUCAUUCGAAGAGCCCUGAAGAAUGCUUUUGCCAACUGUACUGUAAUCCUCUCUGAACACAGGAUCGAAGCAAUGUUGGAGUGUCAGCGAUUUUUGGUCAUAGAAGAGAACAAAGUGCGGCAGUAUGAAUCGAUCCAAAAGCUGGUGACUGAGAAGAGUCUCUACAGGCAGGCCAUCAGUCACUCAGACAGGAUGAAGCUCUUCCCCCACCGGAACUCAAGCAGGCACAAGUCCCGAGCCACAAUCACUGCCCUGAAGGAAGAAACAGAAGAGGAGGUACAAGAAACCAGGCUCUAGAUAUUUACCAAUGCAAAUUCUUGCCAGGCUCACCUCACUCUUUGAAUUUUGUGCCUGGGAAAACUGUCAUGAAUAAUGUUCCAAAUUGAGAAAAAUGAAAGAAGGCUCCUCAUGAAACACUGUGUGUGAUUUUUGUGUGUGUGUGUG